CAGAACUGCAGCUGGGCGGGCACAGCUCAGCCGGCAGCUGUGAGCUUCUAGAAGCCAGCCCAGACCACUGGGUGGACACCGAGCAGCCGGGACCAGACCCUGCAGACAGCCUCCUGGGCCCAGACGUCCACCGACAACUGUGACUUAUCCACACAGGUAAACCUUUGAUUGGUGUCAAUAGCCAGGUGUCUGUCCACUCCUGCUCCAACUGAAAGAACUUCUUGUCCUUGUCUGCAGCCAAGCCCUGCAGGCCCAGCCCAUGGAGGCAUGCUGGGGUUUGAGGCCGGUCAACAGCUCCGAGGGGGGCUUGGAGUUCAACCCGAUGCAGGAUUACAUGAUCCUCAGCCCUUCCCAGGCGGCCGUGGUCGGGGUGCUGUGCCUGCUGCUGGGCCUGCUGAGCGCCCUGGAGAACCUGGCCGUGCUCUACCUCAUCGCGUCCUCACGCCGGCUCUGCAGGAAGCCCUCCUACCUCUUCAUCGGCAGCUUGGCCGGGGCUGACCUCCUGGCCAGCGUGGUCUUCGCCUACAACUUCGUCAUUUUCCACGUCUUCCAUGGCAGGGACACCAUGACUGGGUUCCUGCUCAAGAUCGGCAGUGUGACUUUGACCUUCACAGCCUCUGUGGGCAGCCUGCUGCUGACCGCAGCUGACCGCUACCUCUGUCUGCUCUACCCACCCGCUUACAAAACUCUCCUCACCCGGGGGAGGGCGCUGGUGGCCUUAGGUGUCAUGUGGGUCGUCUCGGCUUUCAUCUCCUACCUGCCUCUCAUGGGGUGGACUUGCUGCCCCAAGCCCUGCUCGGAGCUUUUCCCACUGAUCCCCAAUGAUUACCUUCUGGGCUGGCUCCUCUUCAUCGCCCUCCUCUUCGCCGGCAUCAUCUACAUCUAUGGGCGUGUCCUUUGGAAGGCCCACCAGCACGCAGUCAGGUUGGCAGAGCACCAAGAGAGCCAGGUGGCAGGAAUGGUCCGGAUGAGGCUGGAUGUGAGGUUGGCGAGGACCCUGGGGCUGGUGCUGGCUGUGCUGCUCCUCUGCUGGCUGCCUGCCUUGAGCCUCAUGGUGUACAGCCUGGCCACGCCACUGAGCCGCCAGGUCAAAGAGGCCUUCGCCUUCUGCUGCAUGCUGUGCCUGGUCAACUCCAUGGUCAAUCCCGUCAUCUACGGCCUGCGCAGCAGGGAGAUCCGCUCCUCCGCCCACCACCACCUGGCCCGCUGGAGGAAGUUCCUGUGGGACCGCGACCUCCAAGGCAAAGAAGAAGCCGCCAGGUCCUCAGUCACCGAGACGGAGGCGGAUGGGAAGUUCACCUCCGAUCACACUCCAGAAUCCUGUGCUGCUCCGACGGACUGA